UUACGCCGGGGGUUACUGGGAGAAUGAGUUUUCUAAAUGGAGGUUUACAUGAAAGAGAUAGGAUUUGUUGACUACAACUCCCAUAACACCUUUGUUCAUAAUCGUUUGUCGCAUGCGGACUGAGGACAGCGGGAUCUCAUAUAAGGGAGAAGCGCCUGUGCUGUGAACAGUACUUUGGAGUUGUCGGCGGUGACGGGUGGAGUGUAGAAGGGAGAGCGAGCGCGUGGGGCAGCGUUUGAAGAGUUAACGAGAGCAGCAGAGGAGGAGGAGGGGGGCGGGGGGCUGAACACGCAGCCAGCCUUCUGAAGAGUUAAAGGGGAAUCACCAAAAAAACCCAAAAAGAAACAACAAGACUUUAACAAUCUGCAGUUAACAAUUUUAAAUUAGAAAAUGUUGCUAAUUAAGAAGCAGCAAUAACAUUAUUUUCAAAGCGUGAAGAUUAGCAUCAACUGACAACAACUUUUUAAACCAUAGACUGGCAUUAGAUGGUAUAGCGUGCUUGUUGGGUUUUUAUCGGUGCCCUCUCGUAAUCAAAAAAAAAAAAAAAAAAAAAAAUGUCAGACCCUGCUUCUGGGCAGGACGACAGGCAUCACCCGAAAACUCCGGGUCCCCGGGCGAGUGGGAGCGGCACAGCUCGGGAGCCUCCCCGAGCCAAUGAGGACGGCUGUAUGGAGAGCGGCGCUAGGGGGCGCUCUGGAGAAGACCACAGCAACUCCCAACCGCAGGCGCUGGGAGACCGAGAGGCGAGUCCGGGUAGAGGAGCUGGCAAAGUCCAGCCUAGGUACCCAGCGGCGGCACAGCCAUGCCAAGCGCCCGGCGGGGACGCUGGUGGGACGGAUGUUCCCGUGGAGCACGGCCGCAGCGGUGACCGGCCUGGGGAAGGUAAUCGGAGCCAAGUCCGCGGCGAGAGCGGCGUGGCUGUUCGGCGGGUGAACCACGGCUGCCCUGGCGGAGGAGGGGGCGGGGUUCAGAGCUUGCCCGGUAAAAAGAAACACCGGCGGCGGCCCUCCAAGAAGAAGCGUCGCUGGAAGCCGUAUUUCAAGCUGUCCUGGGAGGAGAAGAAGGAGCUGGACGAGCGUGAGACGGCGCGGGCCUCCCGGGUGCGGGAGGAGAUGUUCGCCAAGGGCCUGCCGGUCGCCCCCUACAACACCACGCAGUUCCUGAUGGAGGAGCACGACCGGGAAGAGCCCGACCUCAAGACCGAGCUGGGGGCGCGGAGGCCGGUGGGGGUCAGCCGCUCCGAGGACACGGCCAGCGAGGAGGAGUCUGUGGAGCCAGAGGAGGAAGAGGAUGGCAGCGGGGGCAGUGACGGCAUGGGCAGAGCCGGGGACGGAGGCGGAGAGUUCCUGCAGAGAGACUUCUCCGAAACCUACGAGAAAUACCACGCCGAGAGCCUGCAGAGCAAGAGCAAACAGGAGCUGGUGCGGGAGUACCUGGAGCUGGAGAAGUGCCUCUCCCGCCUGGAGGACGAGAACAACCGGCUGAGGCUCCGGCUGAGCAAGAGCGGCGACAGCCCCGCAGCAGAGAGCCCCAGGGUGAGAGAGCUGGAGGGGGAGCUGGAGAGACUGAGGGCGCUCAACACAGAGCUGAGCACCGAGAACGAGGGCUGGAGACGGGGGGAGAGGGGACUCGCUGGCUCCACGGCGGAAUGAACUCUAAAAACAAUGAGACUUUCUCAAAAAGAAAAGCGCGAAUAUAAUACUGAAUGGACCUGUUAUGUGUAAGUACGGUAGUUCUUUUUAUAAAUCCGACGUUUUUUAUUUUUAUCAUCAAUAUUGUUAUAAAUAUUAUUUUAAUCAAAGACGUCUUCCGUUGAGGGAUUUAUAAAUACAACUACUUCUUUUUAACGUGUUGGUCCUUUUAAUUGCCAUAUUUGUGUACACUUUCUGUUUCAAAUGUUUAAAGACUUUUUACAUUUUCAAUAUGGAAUGUAUAUAUUUUAAAACAAAAGUUGUUGUUAAUGUAGAAAGCAGUCGGGUGAAGGGGUUCAGGCGCCGGGAUCGUCUCGUCUUGUGUUUACUGGUCUUUGUUUCACGUGACUCCAGCCCCCCCCCCCCCUUGAAACGCUGAUUGUGAGCAAUGGUGUUUUUACACUGAGUGGGACUGAAUCCGACAUGCAAAUCCGGCUUUAAUGCAUUCAAAAUAACAAUACGAUCAUUCAACACAUGGAAUGCAGUAAGUUCAUUGUUAAUGAAAUACAUUUGAAUAACUUGUAAAUAUAUGAAAUCUAUACAA